GGAGGCAGGGGAAAAACAGAGCGAGGAGAGACAGACAGAGAGGAGAGAGACGGGAGAGGAGGAGAGAUGAUCCUUAUUCUUCUCUGCCUCUCAGUCUAGCCUGUGGCAUCCAUCCUUCUGUAUCCCUGCAUCCCUCCAUCCCUCCAAAGUCCUCCAUCCCAGAAAAUGUCCAACGUUCCUCCGGAUCAGGGGACGAUUGCUUAAAGCUUGGACGGUGAAACUGGAAACCUGACUGCGUCCCAGAGGAACUACACGACCCAGAAUUCAGCUGUUUGAAGGACCAAACUCUCCGCCACUUUCUCCACCUUUAGCCUAAACACUUACAGCCAGAAAUACUCACAGUACACGGUCACCUCACCAUGACAAGGACUUUGCGUAACAAUCUCUAGCAAAUUCUGUCGCAAAUUCUUCUCUUCUCCUUUAUUGCUGUUCACAAGACCCCGUGCCAAUGCCGACGCUGUCGCCGACGCCAUCACACAGGAGGAUCCACAUGGCUCCAAAACCGAUGGAUGCGGAAGCUACCGAGUGCUCCGAUUAACUACAAAGGUUAAAGGUUAUCCAGGAUUCUCGGUCUGUAAACGAAACAAUAACGACGACAAAAAAAACGACCGAAGGUUUUCCGCUCUGAUCCCGUCCAAUCGGCGUGGGCGGGUUUGGGCUGCGCCACAAUUUUGGGUUAGGAGUGCGAUGCGGAUUGGAGGAUGUCGGGGGAUUGGGAAGAAGACGUGUGCAAGAAAGCGCUGGUGCUGGUGGAGGAGCUGUGCUUCCGCUCUGGAGGAUACAGCCAGAGUGCCAGCUGCCAGGAGUUCAGCUACAUGAUGAGGGGAAGCAACGGACAUAUCGACACAGAGAUCUCUGUCAGCCUCCUGUCCGUCAUCGUGACAUUCUGCGGCAUCGUGCUGCUUUCUGUCUCGCUCUUCGUCUCCUGGAAGCUCUGCUGGUUGCCAUGGAGAGACAAGGAGGGCGGCGGCCUCAGCCUGACAGCCGGGCUCCUCCCCGGAGGGGCGGGGCUUCAUGGGGUAGCAGGAGGUUCCUCUCUCCUCCCUCCUUUACUGCACAGGAAAGACACACACUCCUCUUCAUCUCUCUACCCGUCUCUGGCCCAGGCCGGACAGCACCACCCACACUUCUCUGACGUGAUGGGGGUGGACGGAGGAGGGGCCAUGAUGGUAGGCGGGGUCGUGGGCGGGCCUCAGGAAAUGCAGGAGCACUCCUACCUGGACAUGGACUCCUACCCCAACAAUGCAGGGAACAUAAAACUGAGUCAGACGUCUCCUGAACUGCCUCCACCUGAAGGAGGAUCUGCUGCUAAAGAUCUGGUCAACACUCACCCGCAGCAGGCCACGCCCAGACCCAAGCCCAUGACUCAUCAGCUCUCCAGUCCUGAUUUUCAUGGAGAGGAGAAGAGCGAGCAGGUGACGUGCAUCGGGCAGAUCAAGCCGGAGCUGUACCGCCCGCGGCAAGGCGAGCAGGGAGACAGCAAGCAGGGCGACACGUGUGGAAAAAUCAGCUUCCUGCUCCGCUACUCUUUCAAUACGGAGCAGCUGGUGGUGAAGAUUCUCAAAGCUCUGGACCUGCCUGCUAAAGACGCUAACGGCUUCUCAGACCCAUACGUGAAGAUCUACCUGCUGCCUGACAGGAAGAAGAAGUUUCAGACCAAGGUGCACAGGAAAACCCUGAACCCGGUGUUUAACGAGACGUUCCAGUUUGGCGUACCGUUAGCCGAACUUCACUCUCGCAAGCUUCACUUCUCCAUCUACGACUUUGACCGUUUCUCCAGACAUGACCUGAUCGGCCAGGUGGUGGUGGAGAACCUGCUGGACUUCAGCGAGGGCAGUGGGGAGAAGCCCAUCUGGAGGGACAUCGUUGAAGGGACGGCGGAGAAAGCUGACCUCGGGGAGCUGAACUUCUCACUGUGUUACUUGCCGACAGCCGGUCGACUAACCGCCACCAUCAUCAAGGCCACCAACCUCAAAGCUAUGGACCUGACCGGCUUCUCAGACCCGUACGUGAAGGCAUCCCUGGUGUGUGAUGGACGCAGGUUGAAGAAGAGGAAGACGUCCAUUAAGAAGAACACUCUGAACCCCACCUAUAACGAGGCUCUGGUGUUCGACAUCCCUAACGAGAACAUCGAGAGCGUCUCGCUCAUCAUCGCCGUCAUGGAUUACGACUGUAUCGGCCAUAACGAGGUGAUCGGGAUGUGCCGCGUGGGCAGCGACGCUGAAGGUCCUGGCAGAGAACACUGGACGGCCAUGUUGUCCAACCCCCGUAAACCCAUCGAGCAUUGGCACCAGCUGGUGGAGGAAAAAUCCAUUAACACCUACGUGACGAAGAGCGCAGCAGCUUCGCCGAAACCACACAUAGUGGUGGACAGUCCUCACUCCGACUAAACACACGGGUCUGCGUUGUCGUUGCUCCGGACGUUUCAUCUUUUCCUCUCAUCUGUGAAUAAAUCUCUCCAUCCGGCAAAAAGAAGCGGAAAACAGACGCCGCAACAAAACCGUCACAACACACACGCCGAGUAGUCUAGAGACCCCACCCCAACACACACACACACACACACACACACACACACACACACAGGAGCAGGUAGACACACCUCGGAGGAAGGCGUGGUACAGCAGGUGUGACUUUCCACACGUUGGUUUCUUCAGGGGAAAAAAAAAAAACGAUGCACAUUCCCGAAUCCAGAGAUCUGAUAAUCGACAAAAUAUCUUUAUUUAGUUAUUUAAAGCUGAGCCUGAGUGAAAAAAUAACAGAUUUAUAAAAGACGUCUUAGAUGUAAUUUCACAUGGACCAUUAGGGUGUGUGUGUGUGUGUGUGUGUGUGUGUGUGUGUGUGUGUGUGUGUGUUUAGGCUGUAGUAAAUCACUAGAGUCAGAUUUCACAGGGAUGGAAUAAAAUAUCUCUGGAGAGCAGGACUGCUUCAGUCUGGCGUCGGGAGGACGGAAAUGGAGGACGGACCGGUGGACCGAACACUUACCGCGCGUCCUCCGAACGCGUCCUCCUCCCUCGUGCUCUGAGAACGACGACGAGCUUUUUAUUUUUCUAUCCAUCCAUCCAGCCAUCCAUCCAACCGUCGGUUUCGUUGAUCUAUGUGAGUUUUCAUAGGACGGACUGCGCUCCGAGCGAUGGCGGGGAGGUGGAGGGUGGGUGGGACGAUUCUUUGAGGGGGGGGGGAUAAAAUAAAGAAAUCAAUAAAACUUAACCGUGCGGCGAAACUUUCCGGAGGAACUGAUGAUCGAAGCGAUUAAAAGGAGGACCCUGAACGGGACGGAGAGCACUUUAGCGAUGGACCAGCGCCCUUUUUUUUGGGAGAAAAGGAUUUUGCCAUAGUGUUUUAUUUUUGUAUCAUUCCUUCAUUUUUGACACGCCCGCAUUUCCUCGGAGAGACGCUCGCUCGCUCGCACGCGUCCGCGAUCCUUUUACGUCCGUGUUCGUUGUACGAAGUGUUGGACUCCUUGGAGUUUGUUUCCUGCUUGCGUGUACGCCCGUGCGUCUGUUCUGUCCGUCACCGUGCUCCGUGUAUGACGUGUGUUCUGGCGCCUGACCUCUAAUCCUUUACUCCUCGAGCCUCUGUCCUCUGUAGCCCCGCCCACUGGCACUAGCUCCUCCCACAGCAGCUCUUGUUAAAGCGAAACGUGUCUUCUGUCCUGUGUCUUAGAGGAUCGGUUUCUUUGUGCUCUCUGUGUCUGAAGCUGGCGGCUACGAGGAAAAGGAGAAGAACAAAAUGUGAUUCUUUCGUUUUGAACUCUUUUUCAUGAGGUUUCUUUUUGCCUGAGUGUGUUGUUUUGUGUCUGAAUGUUUUCUUAAGUAGAGCUGGGCGAUAAAUCCGAACUGUCCCUGAUGUCUUUCUGUCCGUUUUGUUCUCCGUGUGCUUCAUGAAGAACAGGUUCCUUUGUCAGCUGCUUUACCAGUAGCCAAUCAGAACGAAGGUGCAGCAACCAGUGAAAACAGAGAGAAGGCGGGGCUUAACAUCAUACACAUCAUUUUUUCUAGUGCUCUUUCUCUAUCUAUCUAUCUAUCUAUCUAUCUAUCUAUCUAUCUAUCUAUCUAUCUAUCUAUCUAUCUAACCCUAACCCUAACUUCUGAUUAUUCCUUCCAUUUUAUCAUUUCUCUGUUUGUUCUUUUCCCUCUCACUCUUUUUCUCUCUCUGCCUUUUCUUCCUCCUUCAUUCUUCCCCUUUCCUUCCAUUCCAUCUUCCCGUGGUUUAUCAAAUCUAAUAGAUUUUUUUUUUCAUAUCGUCCAGCUCUAUUUUUUUUACGAACACAAGACAGGGACAGACGGGGACUUUCUUUCUUUCUUUCUUUCUUUCUUUCUUUCUUUCUUUCUUUCUUUCUUUAUGUGAGUUUGAUUGUUUGUGUGUUUGUGUGUGUGUGUGUGUGUGUGUGUGUGUGUGUGUGUGUGUGUGUGAUUGAGGUACCUCCUCUCCACCCCCUCCCCCUCUCCAUCCCUCCUUCUCUCUCUCUCUCUCUGACCGUGUUCCAGAUGCAGGUUUAAUAUCUGAUUGACGUUCCUGCUGUAAGUUAUGAACAUUGUUAGAGGUUCUUAAAGGAGAGCCAUGAGGUCAUGACCUCACUAACAACAUGCAGCAGCCUACCGAGACAUAUCAUCAUCAUCAUCACCAUCAUCAUCGUCACCAUCAUCAUCGUCACCAUCAUCAUUAUCACCAUCGUCAUCAUCACCAUCGUCAUCAUCACCAUCAUCAUCACCAUCGUCAUCAUCACAUCAUCAUCAUCACCAUCGUCAUCAUCACCAUCAUCAUCGUCACCUUCAUCAUCAUCACCAUCAUCAUCAUCAUCAUCAUCAAAGGACAAAUCUAAAACCCACAUCUUCUGUCUCUCACUCUUUCUUUUCUCUUAGUUCUGUUUUCCUCCUUCUCCUUCGUCAGCACAGGAAUGUUACAGAAGGUCUGCUAUCUUUUCAUGGGGUUAUGACCCCCCCUUUCUCUCUCUCUCUCUCUCUCUCUCUCUCUCUCUCUCUCUCUCACACACACACACACACACACAC